GCGUGACGUCACUCUCUCCAUCUUGCUCGAAUUUUUCUCUGUCAGGGCAUAAAACAUCGCUUUAUUACUCAUUCCAACAGAAUAUGGCAUCACUAGAGGAGCGGAGUUCACCUAUAGAAAAGAUAGCAGAAGACGAGGACCCAGAAACAAAGGAUCCUCAGAAAGUCAUGAAAGCAGAAGAAGAAAAAUUCAAACAGAAAUAUCCAGGUGUUAAUAAAAAUCGUGCUGUGCCCACUAUGUUACAGAAACGGCUUCACAAAGGGAUGAAAUAUUUUGACUCUGGUGACUACAACAUGGCAAAGGACAGUGCAAAAAAGAAAGGCCUCGGCUUGAUGAUGCCUCCUGCUUGUACCCCUCAGGAAACCAAAUUACAGGCAGAUCAGGAAAAAGCAAUUUUGCAGGAAUCAACAGGUGGCACGAUCCCAACGCCAGAGAAUGUCCCUGCUAGGAAAACAAGUACAUGUAUCAACACGCAGGUUCAUCCCAUCACAUUGCGAGCUGGACUUCAGUCAUGAGGAUUUGAAACCCACUUCCUAAUGGCACCCAAUAAAAGACUUGUGAACUAAUUUUUAAUGGUUUUCAUUCUGAGGAUCGUAUCUUGUUGAGGUUCAUAAAUUAGACAGUAGCAGAAAAAAUUUCACCAGAAACUUCAAUGGCUGUUUCUUUUGUCUGUCUGUCACAAAGACUGUAUUGUUGUCUGUUGGAGUAUAGAUUCAUUGGUAGCAGACAGAUGAUUCUACCAUGCUCUCCUAAAUAAUCCAUUCUGUGCUGCUUGGGAGGUUUCGAUUAGCUUCCCUUGGUAAUUGGAGGCAAGGUGACCAGUGGUGGUUUGGUUUUACAGGUUUUGAAUCACAGUGUCAUGGUUGUGAAAUAAUUGUGUUGAUGUUGAGUGAUGCCAAUGGAUAUCCACAAACUUGGUAGACAAUUUAUCAUUAUGUAUAUCACUCAAACAUUAUUAUCAGGUCACCAAAUACAAAUUUUGUGAUCCUUGCAAAAUUUUCCAUGAUUUUCGUUUUAUGGGAAAAGGUAUUCUUAUAACUUCCUUUUGAUCGAAACAUCCAAAAUUGAAAAUCAGCUUGCAUUCAGAUUUCUCAAUAUUUUUUCUUGAAUUUGUGUAUGUUUAUGGUAUCUAACUGUGAGUCUCAUUGUUGGUAAGAAAUUACUCAAUGAUUUGGUGAAAAUAAUGAGGCAUUAUGUGGGUCUGUUGUGUAUCUUCUUCAACCCCUCCUAAGUAAAGUGGUCUGAUAUUGACAGGUUGAAUUUAUGAAAUGGUUCCUCGUUCAAAAAUUCCCUCUUCUGACUGAUAGACACCAUUUUCAAGUAUCGGAUGUGCUUUUUGAUUGCAGCCAGUAUUUGUAUUUGAAUCAAAAGAUUACCUGUAAAAUAAACCAUGCUUUCAUCAAAAUUUAGCUCCUCGUUAGCUUUUCUGGCUCGUUGCGCCAAUUUGCAUUCAUUCAAUGUUCAUUGUAGAUAUACCAUUGUAGUUCAUGAAUGUUAAAGGUAUUUGAGGGUCAUUGUUGCCAACCAGACAUUACCCAGUAGGGAGGGUGGCACACUUAACUUUGCAUAUUAUCUUUCUUAUCUUCAUCGAUGCAGUUAAUCUGCGCACACUAAUAAUGAUAUCAGCCAAGGUAAUCCCUCUUGUUCUGGCACUGGACUAGAACUAGAACCAGUGGUGCCAGAAACAGAAAUGAGUGGAUACAGAUCUACUUGAUGACAAGAUGUGAGAAAUCUCCUUUUUGUGCCCUCAUUUCAUUCUCUUGAAUUGAACAAGCUUCGUCACUUGAACAUGUAAAUUCUGACACUUGUAAUACUCUCUAUAUUGCAGUUCAUGAUCAAUAAUAGUUGACUCUAUGUAAGGUUGUAUACUUGUCAAACGUUUGUAUUGGGGUUUCUGACAUUUGAAAUUUGAGUUUUGAUCAAAUAGAUGCACAGAUGUAUGCAACAAAUAUAAUCCUGUCACAACCUAUGAUGCAUUUAUCAGGGAUUGCGACACCACUCCACUGUCACUGUUUCUACUUGUCUGCAGACAUGCCAACACAAAACGAAUUGCAGAAACCCCUGUCAAGCUUUUGACAACAGUCCUCCGUCUUCACUUUUAAUUGGUGGAAUGGAAUGUGUGAUGUCUGUGUCUGUGUUCAUUGCACUCGUCAAUUCCACCAGAGGGACUGGCUGAUGUAAAUAAGUGUCCUGAUGACACAUGGUGUACUUCAUUGUAUAAUGUUCACAGUUUGUUGACCGCAUGUGAUGCCAAUGUCCAAGACUGGGCAGAAUAAAAGGUAGCCCAAUCACAAUGCAAAGAAUGUAUUAUCGUCUUUGCUGUGAGCAUUUAUGUUAUGUAUGUAUAAUAAAUAAAUGUUUAUAGUCUUUCAA